GCAACACUGUUGCAAGUUAUAGCCACAAUUUAUACACAUGUAGGUCAUAGAAAAAUGGCUUAGCGUUAGGAGUUUGUACGUCCUGUGGUUAAAAAAUAUAUUUUUUAAGUUUAAAUGGCCUUCAGUGAUUUGUGUCACAAUAGUAACGCGUUUAAAUCCAUCGAAAAUGAAGCUGAUCAAUCAGAAGAGAACUCGAUGGUCCGUGAGAUCAUCACAAAAAUCCUCGAUGAUACCGGACCCACAGAAACAAGCAACACUAUACCGCCACCGGAAAAAGGUAUAAACAGCAUACCGCCCAGCUUAAACCACUACCCCAACAAUGAUGCAGGAAACUCAUUUAUGUCCUCACUAUCUCCAUAUAACUACAACCAAAAUCUCAACCUCACAUACAACUACAAUGAUCAACUGGGUGGUUACAACUUCAACUCCCAACCCCAACAUGGCUUUAAUACGAACGGUUAUGUCAAUUAUCCCGAAAAUGAUGUUAACCCGCUCCUCAUGGACCCAAUCAGCGAAACGGAGGCGGUCACUCCGGAGCAGUUGAAUUUACUCCGACUCGCCGCACAAGAGAUCGGAGGUGCCCAGUUCACUAGUCCCAAUAAAUACGACGAGAAAUUCUACAAUUUUUUCGAGCCCAACCAAAGAAACUCUCUCCCGGAGCCGAAUAUGUUCGCCAACAAUUUCAACCGGCCGAACAGUCUCAAUUUAGACAUGAAUUUCAAUUCGAAUUACGACACAGCUCACUAUAAUGCACAAAGGUUUCCCAACAAAUUCGAGAAUGGUUAUUUGAAAGAUCAGAGUCAAGAUUCGACGGAUCUGCUCGCAUACUUGAACCAAUUAAACUUAAGCGAUCGAGUACGGGAUGAUUUGCUACAGAAUCACAAUGAUUUUAAAAUGCCAAUGGAGGUGAACGGCUAUCAGACCGAAGACUUCAACAAAAUGCAAGAAGAAAGAAACAAACUCUUGUUCAACAACAGGAACUUCCAGCAACAACCUCCUAUGAAAGGUUUCAACGGAGAGAACGGGUUCUACCUUAACGACAUGAUGUCCCCCAUGACCGAUCGGAACAUGAACCAGAACUACGAUUUCUCGAAUCCAGCGAACUCGAACUCGAUUAAUUUCAAGCCGAACGGCUUCCAUCCGCAGAACGAAUUUCUCCAAAGGCGAGAUAUAAAUCAAUUGUUACCGCGAGAGAGUUUUCAAGGUAAUGGUAACGUGGAACGAACGAAUUUCGAUAAUUUAGGGAGAGACAAUGCUGCCGCAAAUUUACUAAGGCAGCAAGAGUUGGCCAGACAGAUGAGUGUGUUAAUACGAAACCGACCACCGCCGAAUCCGUUGAAUGUGGAUGUAUCUUUUUUGCAUGAAAAUACUCCAUUUAAUCUUGGUUUAGGUGCAUUGCUAGGUCCCAGCCCGCCCGUUCCACCGCCUGUGUUGCCAUCACCAAUGAUGGAUCUACCCAUAUUAGCUCCCUUCUAUGCUAUGAGAAAUAUUAGAGGGGCAGCCACGUCAUCAAGCAUUCUCCACGCUCGUCUAGAUGCGUGCUACGAACAGUGGAGACAGUUGGAACGGGAGAGGAAACGUACUGAAGCCCGGCUAGCCCUCGCCUACCCUGGGAGAGCGGUCUCAUCGUCUAACUCCAUCCCUGUGCCCAGGCUACCCCCUUGUCCCACUAGGGUUGAUCGUCUUACUGUGGACAUGCUAAGGGAGCAUACUAAGGUGUUGACAUUGAUGGGUAAAAUGGAAACACUGAGAGCGAGCGUGUGCGUCGCUCAGAACAAGAAGCCAAAUAGGCCGGAGGACGGCAAGAUCACAGUAUUAAAGCGCGGCCAGGACAACGUACCUGCCGAGAAGGACGCGGGCGCCGACCCCGCGACCUUCGACCCCGCCACCUGGAGGGACGAUGUCAAGAACUUAGCGGAGAUCGCGCCUCACAGCGAGGUGGAGAGCGCGAUGCUGGCGUGGCGCAACGCGGUGGCGGGCGUGCAGGCCGCGCGUCGGCGAGAGCUGGCGCCGCACACUGCGCACGCGCGGUACAUGCGAAGCGACCCCAUUUUACAGUUAGCGGACGCGGUGAAGCAACUAUGCGUAUGCGCACGCCGGGCUCGCUGUGCGAUGUGGUGCGAUCUCACACUCACCGUCGCGCUCGCUCCGCAUUCACACUCACACUUGCACGGCGAAAGUUCACCGCAGCUGACGGCGCAGGCUUCACCGAAGGCGCAAGAUAAUUCCGCCAGCACCCCCAGCAACGCCAAGCCAAAGCCGCAAGAGCAAAAGGAGGAAAAACCAUCCACCGAAAGUCAGCCAGCGAAAAGCGAAACAAAACAAGAGCACGACCAAAAACAAUCAAACAAACAGACAGAGAAAGAGAAGAACCAACGCAGAACGCAGAACUAUAGGAAAGUGAACCAGCGGAACGACUUCUACCAAAGAAACCAGAGGUACGACAAUCGGUUCGUUCAUAACAGGCAUCCAUAUCACUACUUAGCCGCCGGACCUAUCAAUUAAAUGUAUGAAAUACAUUUUUUUACCUUCAACAUGUCAAUUUUACGUCCGUAAUAAUAAUUUUAUCUCAAAGUAUUAGCAUAUUCUUGUGAAUGAAGGAACACUUAUUACACUUCACAUAAACCAGUACACAACAAAACAUGAUAGGAUUCACAAACACAAAUAAAACAAAGUUUUAGUGUUACAUGUUUUAAAAAAUAUAUUUAUCUUACGUUGGCUAUGCGAUUUUUGAUCGCGCGAUAGAAUGACAGAAAUAGGAUUUCCAAAAGAUGUGUUCACACUGAUUCUUUUUAUUUCACAGUAUUGUAUUUUCGUUCCAAACGUUUAAUUGAUUUGGGCUUGUGUUUAUCCAUUACUUUUCAACACGCGUUUAAAAAGUUCCCGUGUGAACGGUGUGGUUCACACGAGCGCUUUUCUUUUUAAUUAAAAAAUCAAACAAACAGCAAUACCUACAAGAUUUUUAUGAAAUUACUGUAUAUUUGGGGGGAAAAUGCAAUGCAUAAAUCACGUGAUAUACAUUUUUAUAGUACAUUCGUCCACACGUUUAUUUUUGAAAUGACUUAUUAUUACGGACAUAAAUACUUUGUAUCAAUUUUAGAGCGAAAACUAAAAACAGCUUCAGAGUCGAGAACAAAAUUCACUUUCAUAGAUAUAAGUGAAAAAUAUUCAAUUCACUUUUAUAGAUUUUUUAAUUCCACUUAUUUAUAAAACCAGCUUAACAGAAAUUAUUAUGUAUGGGGAAAGUGAAUUUUGCUUUUACAAAAUAUUAAAAGGUUAACAUUUUCAGAUUGGAUAUUCCAAAUGUCUAUAUUUCCAGUGUGAUAAUUCGAUUGUAAAGUAAGUAAAGUGAUAAGAAAAGAGAAGUGUAAGGAAAAAUCAAGACUAUUUGGAAUAUGUAUUUGUUGUAUUAAAUAAAUAUUAUUAAAUACAAGAUUUGGAUGGUUAAGAAAUGAAAUAAUGACUCAGGGUCUAUAAAUACAGAUAGACUGCUUUUUUAGACUGUAAACCUGCAAAAGUGCAGUGUGGGGACAGUUAUUAUUCAGGUGAUACGACUGCAACUCAACUGCAUUUUUGCAGCUUGCAGUCCAAGUGCAGUCGUUCUGUCAAGAUUCCACUGACCUCUACUAAUACAAGUAUGCUGGAAAUGGGUCUGUUUUUGAUUUACCGCCAUUUUGACCCAUAUAGAAGCAGUGAGAGUACUCUGAAUUAGAUGGUGAUGACAUCUGUCAACACAAAGAUGAUUUGAAACAAAGUAUCAAUUUUUAUUCCCGGUUUGCUCGUUGCGUCUUCGAAUCAAACACACAAAAGAUCACACACAUCGGCACAAAAAAGAACUUUCAUUUUAUGUGGCACACCUCUUCCAGCGUAUUUGUAUAAGUCCAUUUCAGUGCAAGACUUAAUAACUAGACAUAGCAUAAUGACUUAAGAAAAUAUAGCACCGAAUCUUUAUAGUUGUGACUUGAUUUAAAAUAAUUCACAUUAAGUUAUUAAGUUAUAGUAUUACAGGGAUUUGUUUUAUGAAGGUACUGAAGAGGUUUUCACUCUAAAAUGACCUUAAAAUGAAUUGAGAACGGGUCGAAACUUGGCUGCAUUUAAACUAAAAAAAUCCAAGACUAAUUCACUGUGAUGUUAACAUUUAUUCUCUUUAAUAAUUCACUGCUGAGCUACGUUCAAAUUUUAUAGUCUAGGCUAACACUUUUUUAAACGACAACAAAGUUUUAUACGUUUUUUACUCACUGCGUCCCCUUGACAAUAUUCGUUAGUUUUAGAUCGAAUGCAGCCAAUUUUCCACAAUAACAGGUUUUUAAGUAAAUUUAGCAUUUAUAUCCCUCGAAAGCAAACACUUAUCAGACGGCUACAGCCUUUCUAUUAACGAUUUACCCAAUAUAUAUCAAUGCUAUACUAAUAUAUUAUGAGGUUGAUAUUCUAGCUAAUUUGACAAGCCUUUAUUAGGAAAACGCGAAAUGAGUUACGAAUUCCGCAUUUAGUUUAAUAAUUAUUCUAAAGUAUUUAGGCCCCUCAAUUUCCUGAACAACUAAUGACAUUGAUCUUUUAGAACGAGACCAUUAAGUUUUACGUAUCUAAUAUUUUUUAUUCCGUAAUUUCCGCGUUGCAAAGUCUAUAGGGGCUUGAAAAACAAAUUCUAAAUGGGGUCGUUGCAAUCCUAAAUAAUUAUCAUAUCAACAGUAAAUUUAUUAAAAAAAAUAUAAUAUGAAGUACACUUUUUAAAAUUAACAAAAUAACCGUGCAUUUACAUACAGACUCGAAUAUUUAUUAGAAUUAUAAAAAGUGUUUUUCAUAUACACUUACAGGUAUGAGAGACCAGGAUAGUUAAUAUAUUAAAAAAUAUAUGUUACUCUAUUUGAAAUAGGAUGUGUGUAGAUUAGUUCGUAUGCGUAUCUGAUACCUUGCGUAAUUUAUUAAUCGUGCUUGGCUGAGGUUUUAUAUUAUAAAUAUAUAAAUGUGUUACGUCUUUACGUCUGUCAUAAGGAAAUGGCUGGUUUGACUUACUUGCCAAAUUCGCUAGGUGUGAGCGAAAACUGUAAAACCAUGUGCGUAUUACGAAUAGAUGCCCUAGUGUGACUUUUCAAAGUAACUACCGUGAUAAGCCUGUUGCGAUAAAUUUGUCGUUUGUAGUGUCAGCACGAAUACCAUUUCGCACUGUGUCAAUUUUAAGGUGCUUCAAAUCGGCACAAAAAUGUCCAUUUCUGUGAUACGUACAGAUUUAUGUCAACGCACAUGUCACGUAAGCUAACUUGAAAACUUACACUUAGAAUUACUAUAUUUAGAACUGAUUUACCUCUUGACGUUGAGUAAAAAGUGUAAUCAUUAAAUGUGAUUGACAUACGUUUUACAAUCAUCUAGAAAAUUGUUUGAAUACAUGUUUUUAUUUAAUUAUAAUCAUUCCCCAAAGCACUAUGUGCUAUAAUAUCUAGUCAUUGUGAUUGGCAACUAAAGGCGACGAUAAAUUUAUUUCGAAUUAAAUGAAGUGAAUUUGACAGAAUAAAUAAAAAUCAAUUGGUAUAUUUAGGAAUAGGUCCAUUGAUAUGUAACAAUACUAUUUAUAUAGUACGCUGGAUCUGCGAUUGACGACGUGUUUUUGAAGCAACUUGAGUAUCGCCAUUAUGUACUCGUAACUAAAUGUUAGUGAUGAGACAUCUGUCAACAUUUGAUACACACUUUUAAUGGUUUGUGUCAAAUGUCAAAAUAUUCCCGGUAUGCUCGGUGGGGCGCUUCGAAUCGGCUCGGAAAAGAACUGUCAAAUUGUACGGCACAGCUUAUCUAGCGUAUUAUGUAAAUAGUAUUAUUAAAUAUCUAUAAAUAGGUCUGAUUUUCGUUCACACCAGAUAAAUCUUUACUAAAAAUGUGAUGUUUCUUAAUACCUAGUUGACUCUAUUUUAUUAUCGAAAUUCGUGCAAAUAUAUAAAUAAAUGAAGUUAUAUAACUAGUAGUGUAAGUGUAGCACAUAUAAAAUGAAACGAUUUUGAUGAAUUUGUGUAAGGUUUUUAGGGUUAGAAUUUGGGCGAAUUGAUUUAUGGAAUUGAAAAUUAAUAUUAGGGUUGGUUUGUUUUCUUAGAGGUUUUUUUUCCAUUAUUUCCUUCGUCUAGUUUUUUAUUUAUCAAAUAUGUUUUAACUUAAUAAAUUAAGCUUUAGGUAACAUUAAUGAAUUGAUUGCCA